AUGAAGCCCCUGGUGGUUACACUAGUACUGGUAGCCCUGAUACAAGUUUCUCAGACCUUCCCCAGCUGGUACCACAGAGGCUGGCUGAGACUGCUAAGAGAAGGGGAUAGCUGUGGGAAAUGCAAUGUGGAACUUUGCUCCAAGCCUACAGACUGUCGAGCUGGGACUGUGUUAGACCCAUGUGGCUGUUGUUCUGAAUGUGGAAAUGUGGAAGGGCAGAUCUGUGACUUGGACAAAAGUAGUAAUUUCUAUGGAUUCUGCGGAGACAACCUGGAGUGCCGGCUGGAUGUUGAUGACAUCAAGUCUGGAGAAAUCCCUGAGCCACAGUGUGUCUGCAGAUCACAGGCGAGUGUGUGUGGACCUGAAGGGAAGACCUAUGAGAACAUCUGCCAGUUCAAUGCAGCUUAUGCAGAGAAGGGGAGAAAUAUUAGCAUUAAGCACAAAGGACCAUGCAAAUCAGCUCCUGUUAUUUCUUUGCCACCUCAAGAUACUCAGAAUUUCACAGGAAAUGAUAUCAUUUUUGGUUGUGAGGUGUCUGCUUAUCCCAUGCCACAUCUUGAAUGGAAGAAGAAAGGAAAUAAAAUGUUUCUGCCAGGAGAUGAUGCUCAUAUUUCUAUCCAGGCACGAGGUGGUCCUCGAAAGUACAGUGUGACUGGGUGGUUGCAAAUUCAAGGAAUCAAGAAAUCAGAUGAAGGUGUUUACAUAUGCCAAACAAAAAACAAAUAUGGUUUUGCCCAUUCAUCUGCUAAGCUGAAAGUUAUUGAUGGCUUGUCACCAACAUUUCAGAAUACUCCUGGCAGAUGGAUCACAAGUGACAGUACAUAUUAUGGAGAUUAUUUUGACUCUGCUGAAGAUGAAGAAGAGGCUGAAUAUGAAUCUGGAGAUUAUGAAAAAUGAAAUCAGAUUGUCUAAGGAGAUGUGUGUCCAAACCUUUUCCUUUCACUGAUUUUUACAGGUGUGAUCUGCACUGUUCUACAACCUCAUGCAUCACAACAAAUAUAUCAACUUCUAGAAAUGAUUAGCAGUGUACAGCCACAUUGCCUAAAUGUAUACCAUACUGUUUCAACAAUUCUUUACUAAUUAUAAGGCUCCACAUUUACUAU